CCCACCCACCCACACCAUCUCUGCCCGCCCCUCCCACUGAUAUCCCGGGGUAUGUGCAUCAAGGGUCGAGCGACUGGAGUCUCGGCGUUGGCCACUGCGCUGGGCAGGCGAAUAAUCAGACGGACAAGACAGGCGUUCGUCGUAUCUGGCCGAGGAGGAGAUGCUGAUAGCCACCGAGUGGAUAGUCUAGCGCUAACUGGUGACAACAACGUUGCAACCGAGCACGCGAGCCGCAUGGCACAUAUAUAUCCAUCCUUCCUUCCCCCGUUCCCUCGUGCCUUCUCUCCUUUGCUCAUCGUGUGCUCGUGCCUUCACGUCUCCUUCCAAAUAACUUCCUCCCCUUCCCAUCGUCACACUGUGGCCUGAGAAUAGAGAGUUGUUACUCGCACAACCGCCAUCAUGUCGACCACCGCCAACAUGGACGCGGACGCCAUCGCGCGGGCCGGCCUCACAGAUGCCGAGCACCACGGCGUCUACCCCAACGCCGCCCGGGGCUCCAUGGACGUCAGGAAGUCCAUGGACGUCAAGAAGGAGACGCAUGACCAAGACGUCGUCUCGACCUCGGACGAGGAUGACUACCCCGACAAGCCCACCGAGGAGGAGAUGCGCACCCUGCCUCGUGUCUCCGGCAAGAUCAUGUGGAGCAUGUGGACCAUUGCCUUCGUUGAGCUUUGCGAGCGUUUCUCCUACUACGGUUCCGCCGUCCUCUACACCAACUAUGUCGCCUACCCUCUGCCCGAGGGCUCCAGCACCGGCGCGCCCGUCGUCUCGGGUGGCCAGCCUGGUGCCACCGGCAUGGGCUCCAAGGCCGCCCAGGGCAUCAACUUGACCAACCAGUUCUUCACCUAUCUGACCCCCCUCCUCGGUGCCUACAUUGCCGAUGCUCGCAUGGGCCGUUUCUGGACUAUCCAUCUGGCCAUUGGCAUCGCCACCAUUGCCCACGUCGUCCUCACCGUCGCCGCCUCGCCCACCGUCAUCGACCAGGGCAGCACUGGCUUCGGCGUCUUCAUCCUCGGUCUGCUCCUCCUCUGUCUUGGCAGCGGCUUCUUCAAGGCCAACGUCUCUCCCCUCCUGGCUGAGCAGAACCCGGACACCCGCAUGCGCGUCGAGGAGCGCAAGGGCAAGCGCGUCAUCGUCGACCCUUCCCUCACCAACACGCGUGUCUUCCUCUACUUCUACCUCUGCAUCAACAUCGGCGCGCUCUCUGGUCAGAUCGGCAUGGUCUUUGUCGAGAACCAGUACGGUUUCUGGCAGGCCUUCGUGAUCCCCACGGCGCUCUUCCUGCUCUGCCCCCUCGUCUUGUGGUCGCAGAAGAAGAAGUACAAGCUCACGCCACCGACCGGCUCCCUGCUCUCCAAGUUCCUCCGCAUGUUCCGCUUUGUGCAGAAGAACUCGUCUUUCUGGAAGCCCAACUGGGAUGUCGCCAAGCCCUCCAACGUCUCGCUCGACCAGCGCCCCAAGUGGAUGACCUACGACGACGCCUGGGUGGACGAGGUCCGCCGUGGUCUCAUGGCCUGCAAGGUCUUCCUCUUUCUGCCCAUCUUCUUCCUGGCCUACAACCAGAUGACCGGCAACCUGACCACCCAGGCCUCGACCAUGCAGCGCCACGGUGUCCCCAACGAUAUUAUCCAGAACCUCAACCCCAUCUCCAUCGUUAUCAUGAUCCCCCUCAUCGACCACGGCCUCUACCCCGGUCUCCGCAAGAUCGGCAUCGCCUUCACCCCCAUUAAGCGUAUGACAGCCGGUUUCAUCUUUGCCACCAUCUCCAUGAUCGCCGCCGCCGUCAUGCAGCACUACAUCUACGUGAUGAACCCCGACUGCGGUGACAUGAUCACCAACAAGCUCACCUCGGGCGAGGACUGCCGCCCGGCGCCCAUCAACGUCUGGGCGCAGGCGCUGCCCUACAUCUUCAUCGGUCUCGCCGAGAUCUUCACCAACGUCACCUCGUACGAGUACGCCUUCUCCAAGGCCCCCGCCAACAUGAAGUCGCUCGUCAUGUCCGUCAACCUGUUCAUGUCGGCCCUGUCGGCCGCCGUCGGCCAGGCCUUCACCCCCAUUUCCGGUGACCCCUUCCUGGUGUGGAACUACACCACCGUCGCCAUCAUCUCCUUCCUCGGCGGUGCCGGCUUCUGGUUCUGCUUCCGCCACCUCGACUCUGACGAGGACAAGUGGAACAUGCUCAAGAAGUCCGAGUACAUUGGCCAGAACCAGCCCACCCACACCGUCAAGGGCGCCGAGCACGGCGAGGCUUAAGGGAGCUAUGGCUGCCAGGCUGAGUGGAAGCGUUUGCCACGAUGUGAGACGUCGUUUAUGAGAUAUCCCGAUAUAGCAUCAAGAUGUUAAUCUAUACCCAUUAUUCAUUACUCUGCUGUGUUCAGUGAAGUCGCCUGCGAAAUAGUAUACUGUAGGCCUGCAACCUUGGUAGUAGGCCUGCAACCUUGGUAGCAGGACCUUCAUGUCUUGACGUGUAUGUAGCAUGAUUCAACUGCUUGGAUCCUACAAUGAACGGCCUGGGAUUGUGGUACACGUCGGCGCGUCAUAA